GGAUUCAAACAGCACCCUGUUGCUUUGAGUUUGAGGGACUACACUUUGUUUCAGUCUCCCAUCAGCCCACUCAGGUAUACUGUUGCACCCAUGGGCACCCACAACAUGCCAGGCACCAUGCAGGACAACAUCAACUUCAUUUUCCAGGAUGAAAUUCCUCAUUUGACCACCCCUUUUAUUGAUGGUAUUGGAGUUAGG